CAUCACCGCCUGAAACUGAGAGAAAAAAAUCAGACAAACCACGUGUAACAGAGCAAUAAGUUAACAUACAAAGAAAGAAAGAAAGGUUCUGUCAACUUAAAAACAUUUUUCCACCACCGUUUCGCCUAUCAAUCACUCUUCUCCGAUAUGAAUUAAAACACAUCAAACACAGAUUCCAUAAUCUCGCGAGAGUAUGGACAAGUUCUCGUACAACUCGUAUCCAGAUUCGACCGACUCGUCUCCGAGAUCUCGCGAGAUCGACUUCGACAACCCGCCGCCAUGGGACGAUCAGAAUCAUCACAACCACCACCAGAGCUACAAGGUGAAGUUCAUGUGCAGCUACAACGGCAAGAUUCAGCCUCGUCCUCACGAUAACCAGCUCACUUACGUGAACGGAGAAACCAAGAUUCUCUCCGUAGAUCGCGGGAUCAGGUUCCCCGUCCUAGCUUCCAAACUCUCCGCCUUAUGCGGCGGAGGAGGAGACGUGCUGUUCAAGUAUCAGCUUCCGGGAGAAGACCUAGACGCGUUGAUCUCCGUUACCAACGAAGAUGAUCUCGAGCACAUGAUGCACGAGUACGAUCGCUUGCUCCGUACGUCGUCGUCUAAGCCAGCGAGGAUGCGUCUCUUCCUCUUCCCCUCUACUUCUUCCGGAGGGUUUGGAUCGGAGGGUUCUGCUCAGUCGGAUCGUGAUCGCUUCGUCGAGGCGUUGAAUACUACUACUGUUCGUAGCAGGCCUGAAUCGGAGAAAUCUGUAACCGCUCCGACGAAUAAUAACGCGGAUUUUUUAUUUGGAUCGGAGAACACUGUGUCAUCUCCUCCUCCUCUGCCGCCACCGCAACCACCGCAUGAGGUGAAGUUACCGGUACAGGUGGCGGUUGAACCCCCUCUGUUCAAUGAUCCGCGGGUGAUUCAACCGGAGUUUCAGAGGAUGCAGGAGCAACAACAGAAUAGAAGGAGGAGCGGUGACGACGCCGGAGGUUACUUCUCUCCGACGUACGCCGCUCAAAAUCCAACUCAGCCGCCGCAGCAGCCGCCGACGAUUCCUUUAACUAAUCAACAAGCUCCUCUGUUCUGGCAAGGAAACAAUAAUAAUCCAGGAGGCGUGUUUCCCACGACGACAACCGCGCCGGGACUGGGGUUACCGGAGCAGCCGGUGUACAUGAUUCCAUCUCCAACUCCAACUCCACAUCCGGGAAGUGUGUACCACGCGCCGCAACCGCAACCGCAAGGCGCUAUGAGAACAGGACAAGUAAACCAAGGCGUUAUGAGACCAGUAGUUACAGGACAAGUAAACCAAGGCGGCUACUAUACUUACAGGGAGCAGCACCAACCUGCGUACAACGUAGCUCAGCCACCUGUAGGAGUAGCAAAGGCACAGCACCAGCAACAACAACCUCCUGCUCCUCCUCAACAGCAAUACUCAGCUGUUCCGCCGCCUCAGCAAGUCGUGGGAUUAGCAGAUACAAGGGGGUAUACUCAGGUGACUUACGCGGGAGGAAUGGGGAAACAAGUGUACUACACCGAGGCACCACCACCUCCACAGCCACAGUACCAUGGAAUUGGUUUAACUGUGACCGGUGGUAUGAGUGAAUUGAGAACCGGACCGGACGGGAAGCUUGUUGCUAUGAACAUGGCACCAAAGGUUUCAUCACAUAAUUCAGAUUCGGCUGUGUAAUGAUGAGGUAUAUAUAUAUAUUGUUAAAAGCACUACAAAUGAUGAUCAUCAUCAUAUAUAAUGUAAUUGAGAUUACUCUCGUAUUUGAAUGUCUCAUAAAUAAUGUUUUUUCCCCUUGCAUCUACUUCCUUUAUGAUGUUAUAAACUUAUGCUGUUCUUCUUGA